AUGGAUCCGAGCGCGCUGGCGGCCUUGCACCAAUCGCCCAGUCCGACUCCCUCACGCCCGCCGAUCACCUUGGAUGAGUAUGCGGAAUGGAUGCGGAUGGCGGCGAUCAUGCUUGCCCAACUGAGUGCCUCGCAGCAGCCGUCCCAGUCCCUGUCGAUGACCCCGUCGAGUGCCGCGGGAAUGGUCGUGGGCGGAGCGAUUGGGCUCGGUGCGGGCUUUGUGGGCGUGACUGUCGGCGCGGGACUGGGGGUUGAGCUUGCCCAACUACAUGUGUUGUCAUUGCGCAAUGUGAUCACUUGA